AUGCCGCCAACACUCAAACGCCUUGCUACAGAGGACGCAAGUGUUUCGCCUCCACCACUAAAACGCACAGCGCCUUCCGCUCCUACAACUACAAAUUCGGCUGUAGCCAACUUCUUCAAACCAGCUUCCCAAAAGGCUCCGGAAAUGCUGACCUGGAAAGUUAUUGACAAUACACUGCUGCACUGCAAGUACGACAAGGCCGAUAACUUUUCCGCAGACAGGCCACGUAAAAUUGCAGCCUUUGACUUCGACUCGACUCUGGUCGAUGCCAAAUCUGGCAAUCGCUUUGCUAGAGAUGGUGAUGAUUGGAAGUGGUGGCACAGACAGGUACCUGCAAAGCUAAAGCAACUAGCUGAAGAUGGAUAUCUAUUAGCAAUCCUCAGCAAUCAAGCUGGUAUCAGCAUGAACAGUGCUUCCAAAACAGUCAACUCGGACAAGAAGCGGCUGGCCGAUUUCAAGCAGAGAGUCAAGGGCGUUCUCACCCAACUGGAUCUGCCCAUCGUCCUCUAUGCAGCUACUGACAAGGACAAGUUUCGUAAACCACGUACGGGGAUGUGGGACAAGCUGCUGGAAGCACAAGGACUUACUCCAGAAGGCGAUGUGGACCUCGAGGCCUGUUACUUUGUUGGCGAUGCAGGAGGUCGGACCGCUGGUGCGAGAGGCAUCAAGGCAGACUUCUCUUGCUCCGACAGAGAUCUGGCCAGCAACAUUGGCAUCAAGUUCAUGACUCCUGAGGAGUUCUUCCUUGGAGAGGAUCCUCGUCCUUUCACGCGCACGUUUGAUCCAACCGCGCACGUCUCACCAGCCUUGACAAGCAAGACGGAAGCGAGUCCAGUCGUUUUCACCAGAAAGAAUGACCUCGAGCUUGUGAUCUUUUGUGGGAGCCCAGGAGCGGGAAAAUCGACGUGGUAUCAGAAACACUUGAACCCACUUGGGUAUGAGCGUGUAAACCAGGACCUGCUCAAGUCGAGAGACAGGUGUCUUAAGGUGGCAAGAGAGUUUCUAGAGGAUGGCAAGUCGGUGGCAGUUGACAACACCAAUGCCGAUGUGAAGGCUCGCGAAUACUGGACCGAUCUCGCAACAUCGCUCGGAGUCCCAAUCCGAUGCGUACACUUCACAGCCCCCUCCAAGCUGUGCGAGCACAACGACGCGCUUAGGUCGAUCGGUGGACAGCAAGUAGGGAUGAACCCAGAAUCGAGGACCAUGCUACCCAGACAAGCUUUCACAGGAUUCGCUGGUAGAUAUCAGCCGCCUGGCCUAAACGAAGGCUUCGUCGAUAUAACGAAUGUCGAUUUCGAGUUCUCUGGUACCGAGGAGCAGAAGACCGCAUGGUCGAAGUUCUGGGUUUGA